CUCUCUCUGCACAGACCACAGUCCUCGCCCUCAGUAUAGUAUCUUUGAAUGGAACAGUCUGUGGAGUCAAACAGACCAACUGCUGCUUCCAUUUAAAAAAGAUAAUAAUAACCAGGAGGAAAACGCUGCUGCUCUUUAUUUGACAGCUGACUCCUUCACUUGAAUUUAUUGAAAAGCAAAACAAAAAAACGUUUCCGGUAAAACCGCAUCUUGACACAGUGUACAUUUUUUGGGGGGGUUUUAACGUCAGCGGUAAAAAUCGGUUUAAAUGUUGUAGCUAUUUCCCUGCUCGGUCUCAUUCAGCGACUCUCCAGUUGCUGAAAACACUCCGGACAGAAACACGGCUUCUGCACUCAGGUGACAGGAGGAGGACACACACAAAAAACCUCGAAAAACUCACAGGACAUGGAGUCGACCAAAGCUGGGGGCGUAAUAGCCUACAUUAGCUCGGCCAGCUCUGCCUCCAGCCCGGAGUCCUUCCACAGCGACUCCUCCAACGGCAGCUAUCAGUCCACCUCUCCGCCUCACGGCUCCUCAUCCGGCCGCCGUCGGCUGGCUCAGCCCUCUGACCCCGCACUCAUGGCCAGUGGUCAAAACCUUCCAGGGACCCAGAAAAGCGGACGCCAAUCUUCCUCUGCUAAAUGUGGAAUCACAAAAAUCAAUGGCCUGGUGCUGCUGUGUAAAGUCUGUGGAGACGUGGCUUCUGGUUUCCACUACGGCGUCCAUGCCUGCGAGGGCUGCAAGGGCUUCUUCAGGAGGAGCAUCCAACAGAACAUCCAGUACAAGAAGUGCCUUAAGAACGAGAGCUGCCCCAUCAUGAGGAUCAACAGGAACCGCUGCCAGCAGUGCCGCUUCAAGAAAUGCCUGAUGGUGGGGAUGUCCAGAGACUCUGUGCGUUUCGGACGAAUCCCCAAGCGUGAGAAACAGCGCAUGCUGCUGGAGAUGCAGAGCGCCAUGAACAACAUGAUGAACAACAGCCAGCUGCACAACCAGCUGCAAAGCACCCAGACGCUGCCCAUCGCCAAGCCGCUGCCUGUCAGUGCCACAGAAGCUACCUCCGAGGAAGCUGCCUCCGCCUCCUCCCCCUCCUCCUCGCCAAGCCCGUCAGACUCCAGCUCGGACCCCGAGCCCGCCGUGGCGAUGGACACCAGCCCCAGCUCGGCCUCACCAAGUGCGUCCGACAGUGGGGAGGAGGAGGUGAUUGGCUCGGUGACCAGGGCCCACCAGGAGACCUUCAUGUACAACCAGGAGCAGAGCAGCCUGACUGCUGAGGCCCCGCCCACCGCAGGCCCUGUGGACAACGGCGCCGAUCCAAACGCGGCCAAGCGCUGGAAGGAAGAGCAGCAGGACUCGUGGAACCACCACAACAACGUGGCCACCACCACCAUGGUGGCACAGGACCCCGCCCCCUCCUCCUCCUCCAGCCCGGACCCACAGGGUCCACAGGACAACAGCGCCACCCACUGUCCUUUCAGACUGUCGCGCACCACUGCCAGCCACUGUCCGGCCUACACGCAUGGAGCUUUCAGGGUGUCCGCUGCGGAGGACGUCGCCACCCCAGCCCACGGUGGGCACCAGUGGAGGGAAGGCAGGAGGAUGCAUCUGGUUUGUCCGAUGAACACGUCUCCCAGUGUGGACCCGCAGAAAUCGGGCCACGAGGUGUGGGAGGAGUUUUCCCACAGCUUCACCCCGGCUGUCAGGGAGGUGGUGGAGUUCGCCAAGAAGAUCCCGGGCUUCAGAGACCUGUCGCAGCACGACCAGGUCAGCCUGCUGAAGGCUGGAACCUUCGAGGUGCUCGUGGUGCGUUUUGCUUCGCUCUUUGACGUGAAGGAUCGCACCGUCACCUUUCUGGGUGGGAACAAGUACAGCGUGGACACUCUAAGGGCCAUGGGCGCCAGCGACCUCCUUAACUCCAUGUUUGACUUCAGUGAGAAGCUCAUUAACCUGGGACUGAGCGAGGAGGAGAUGAGCCUGUUCACUGCUGUGGUGCUCGUCUCUGCAGAUCGCUCUGGCAUCGAGAACGUGAACUCGGUGGAGGCCCUGCAGGAGACUCUGAUCCGCGCGCUGCGCAGCCUCAUCACCAGGAACCACCCGAACGAGUCGGCCAUCUUCACCAAGCUGCUGCUCAAGCUGCCCGACCUGCGCUCGCUCAACAACAUGCACUCGGAGCAGCUGCUGGCCUUCAAGGUCCAUUCCUGAAGCCUCCUCCAGUACUUGACCCUCCUCGCCUCUGCGACACCAACGCGACUGAAACGCCGAGGCUGGAGACCCACAGCCACACUUCCCACCCAAACCUCAGAAAAAAAACACACAAAAAAAACAAACAAACUCCACCUCCUUCCACUUAUCAAACUCUGAAACUUAAAACGUGACAUUUGAAGGAAGGAGGUCGACCAUGAAAUGUUAUUGUACUGUAAUGUAGGGCCUAACAGCCUGUGUGUGUGUGUGUGUGUGUGAGAGAGACGGUCAUGCUUGCGUACAGACACCCUGAUCGAUGUACAUGUUUCCUGUGUUUGUGUGUAGCAUAACUGCGUUUGCGACCGUACAAACGUUAGAAGCACUUUUCUGUAUAGUGUAGACUGGUAUUUUUUUCCUUUGUGCAUUCAUAGUGCAAUAUGUGGCUGCUUUCUGUUGAUUUGAGCUGUGCAGCGACGAGUCGACGAGCUCGUGGACAUUCUCUUGGAUUUGAAACUAAAAAAGUGCUGCGCUCGUGUCACAACCG